AUGGGUAAUUAAUAAUAAAGUGAAUCUUAAAAUGAGUUUCUGGAAAAAAAACUUGAUCCUAAUUAUGGAGAAAUAAAUAUAUAUAAAAAUAAAGCCAACAAUAUGAUAUUUGCAGAAAUUAAAUAAGCUUACUCAAGCGAAUCUUUAGCUUAAGCAAUAAAAGCCAAUUUAGUAAAAAGGUAUUAUGUUGAACUAAAGUCAGAUUGCAAUUGAAUCAUAAAUGUUUGAUUAAAAUAUUAUCAUUUGAUAGUGGAAAGAUGGAUGACUUUUGCAGUUCAUUUAUAAUAUUAUCAAUAACCUCAGAGUACUUGAAUGAAACCUUAUAAAAUGACAUUCAUCUACGAAAGGUCCAUAAAACUAUAUACUCAGAACAAGAGCUAUGCUACAUUCUAUAUGAGAUUUCUAAUCUCUGCCAUUAUAUGAAAACCCUCAAUAACGAAAUAAUCGAUAUUUACCCAUAGAGAAUCCUUAUUGAUGAUAAAAGAUAGAUUAAGUACUAUGAUUAAUUUCUCGACAACCCAAGGCUGAGCAACUAUUAUUAGGUUCUCUUUUGUUAAAGAGAUUUAGAAUAUAUUGCUCCUGAAUAAUUGAUUCUCUUAGCUGAAAAAGAUAACAAUGAUAUUAACAGUUAAGAAUUAGUAAAUGUCUUUUGUAUCGGCCUAAUGAUGGUGAGUCUUAUAAGUGGUUAAAGAUGUGUUGAAUUUUACAAUCAAGAAAAAUUGUUGUUUAAAAGAGAUUACGUAAAUCGACUGAUAGAUAAAUAUUGUUCAAGAUACUCAUAUAGUGAUUUCUUUAAAUCCAUCAUUCAGUCAAUGCUCAAAUAACACAAUGAAGGCAGACCAAAUUAUCAAAGUCUUUUGCAAGUCCUCCAUCCUUAACAAGAUAGUUUUGCCACCUUUUUAAAUCCUAUAGGGAAACAGGGAGGUACUAAAAUAUAAUAAUCAUAGAAAUGCUCGAAUCAUAAUUUCAUUCAUUUCGCACCUAAGGUUCAGCCUCUAGAUCGCAUAUCUUGUCGAGUGAUCCUGUUGAUUUUAGUGAAAUAGAUCGAAGAAUUCUGUCUGCUAGGUAGAAGGCUUAAAAGACUCUAGACCAAGUUGGAUUGGAUUUGAAAUUGAGUAGUUUUGGAACUACCUAAUUUAACAUAAUUGAAGCAAGUCAAUGA